AUGCGGCCCCUGCUCUGCGCGCUGGCCGGGCUCGCCCUGCUCCGCGCCGCCGCUGCUGAACCCUUCAUGCCCUCCCAUGGAGACCCAGCUUGGAACACAGGGUGUGACAGACACAUGGCUAUCCACGGCCGUUUAGACGUCAUAGAGGAGACGGUGGAGAAGACGGUGGAACACCUGGAGGCAGAAGUGAAAGGCUUGCUGGGUCAGCUGGAGGAGCUGGCCUGGAACCUGCCCCCGGGGUCUUUCAGCCCCACGACCCCCGACCUCCUCGGAGAGGAUGGCUUUGGAGCACCGGAGCCAGAGCUGCCCGGCAACUGGAAAUGACACGCCCGUGGUGCAGCUUCUCUGGGCACAGAGUGGCACAUGGUGGCCUGCCUUCCUCAGCUUUGUGCACAAUAAAAGCUACUCCCUUGGUC